AUGGAUGUCACUCGGAGGUGGCCUAAUCACGAGAAACAAAUUGGGGAUUUGGCAAAGCGGCUCGGGUUCAAACACAUCUCGCUGUCCUCGGAGGUGAUGCCCAUGAUCCGUGCUGUCCCUCGUGGUUACACAGCCUGUGCUGAUGCCUAUCUGACACCAUGCAUUAAGAAAUACCUCAAUGGGUUCAGUGCAGGAUUCCAGGACAGUCUCAAAGAUGUCCGGGUGUUGUUCAUGCAGUCUGAUGGUGGGCUAACGCCGAUGGAGCGGUUCAGUGGGUCUAGGGCUAUCCUCUCAGGUCCAGCAGGAGGUGUGGUUGGCUACGCACUCACCACAUGCACAGGCGGCUGUACAAGACCGGUCAUCGGCUUCGACAUGGGCGGCACAUCGACAGAUGUGAGCCGCUAUGCAGGGGAGUAUGAGCACGUGUUCGAGGCUACAACCGCAGGAAUUACCAUCCAGGCCCCUCAGCUCGAUGUCAACACUGUGGCAGCCGGUGGGGGCUCCAUCCUCUCCUUCAGGUCUGGACUGUUUGUCGUUGGUCCGGGAUCAGCCGGAGCUCAUCCGGGCCCCACCUGUUAUCGGAAAGGAGGCCCACUUACCAUCACUGAUGCCAAUCUUUGCCUCGGGCGACUGCUGCCAGAUUAUUUUCCCAAAAUCUUCGGUCCCUCAGAGGACCAGCCGCUGUGGAAGGAAGGGGCUCUGAAUGAGUUGCGGAAAGUUACGGAACAGGUCAAUGCCUUUCUCUGUGACCAAGGCGAUGAGGAGAAAGAAUGUAGCCAAACACAGAUGACUCUGGAAGAAGUUGCUCUGGGAUUUGUCCGGGUGGCCAACGAGUCAAUGUGUCGACCAAUCAGAGCUCUAACUCAGACUACGUCACUUGUGUGUGGGAGUCACACAGAUAUCUUUGAUCAUUUUCACUUGGGCUGUCUUCAGACGCACCUGAAGAUCAGGCGCCAGGAGAAAACACCAGUGUGUCAGAUUCACACGGAGGCUUUCCUUCACUUGCGAUAUGACCGUACCGACUGUGCCCUCAUGUGUUCUGGCAGCUCACACCCUCCACGCCGUGGCUCUGAUUCCUGUCGCCAUGGAGACUUCCACACUGCCUUCACCAGCAGGUACAUGAAAGAGUUUGGCUUCGUAAUACCAGACCGGCCGAUCAUAGUGGAUGACAUCCGCGUGCGUGGCUGUGCCAAAUCUGCUUUCAAAAAGGAACAGAAAAUGAAAUGCAGUGGAAGAGAGCCUCGCGUUGAAACUGUGGUAAAGUGUUACUUUGAUGAGGGUUAUCUAGACACUGCUGUAUACCUCAUGGAGGAUCUGUCAUGUGAUCAUACAGUUUCUGGACCCGCGAUCAUCAUUGAUAAAAACAGCACCAUCCUGGUUGAACCAGACUGUAUCGCUGGUGUCACUAAGCUUGGUGAUAUCCAGAUCACCAUCGGCAGAGGGAAGCUACAGACUGUCGGACCCAGACUGGAUACAAUCCAGCUCUCCAUCUUUUCACAUCGCUUCAUGAGCAUCGCAGAGCAGAUGGGUCAUACACUACAGAGAACAGCCAUCUCCACCAACAUCAAGGAGCGACUGGACUUCUCUUGCGCACUGUUUGGCCCCACAGGGGGCCUGGUGUCCAAUGCCCCCCACAUCCCCGUACACCUGGGAGCAAUGCAGGAAACUGUGCAGUUCCAGAUUAAUCAUCUCGGUGAUGACCUCAAAGAAGGCGAUGUUAUCCUGAGUAACCAUCCCAGUGCGGGUGGAAGCCAUCUUCCUGACCUGACGGUUAUCACUCCGGUUUUUCGAAAAGGUGUUUCUCACGCGGUGUUUUUUGUAGCAAGCCGAGGGCACCAUGCUGACAUUGGUGGCAUCACCCCUGGCUCCAUGCCACCUCACUCCAAAUCGUUGCAGGAGGAAGGAGCUGUCUUCACUUCGUUCAAGCUAGUGAAGGAUGGGGUCUUCCAGGAGGAGGCUGUUACCAAGGCACUCCAGGCCCCAGCACAGAUCCCAGGCAGCAGCGGGACACGCAAUCUCCAUGACAAUCUGUCAGAUCUGCGGGCACAGGUAGCAGCCAAUCAGAAAGGGAUCCAACUGGUGAAUGAGCUGAUCGAUGUGUACGGGUUGGAGGUGGUCCAAGCUUACAUGGCCCACAUUCAGCAUAAUGCGGAAGUCGCUGUGAAGGAGAUGUUGAAGGAGUUUGCCCAUCGAUGUCAGCAGAGGGAUGGGCUGGUGGAGGUCCAUGCUGAGGAUUACAUGGAUGAUGGCACUCCAAUCAGAUUGAAAGUGAAAGUCAGCGAGGCAGAGGACACUUUCCUGUUGCACACGCCUGGAGGGGGAGGUUGGGGCUGGGAUGAAGAUGUGACAGCCAAUUUUGAAGAUUUGCCAAGAUCGGGGCCAGCGAAUCAGAAGGCCGGAGUCUGUUUUCCCGAACGGGGAAGUGUGUUCGAACAUAGACUGUCCCAAGAGUCAGUGUGAACAAGAUCAACCUGAGACUCCAGCAAAAUACCCUUCCUCUGCCAUUCAAAUUUCGGGAUACUUCAAUAGAACGUGGGGGACAGAGGGAGACUGAUUCCCCUUCUUCACCCUUCAGGUCCCCAGACAGCAAAUGCCAGAAACAGGGAUAGCCCUACGUGUCUGUGGGAACUCUCUUUCCCGUCCAUCCCUCCCUCCAGCUCUCACUGACCUGACUACACACAAUAAGGACAACUGCCUCAGAACAUUCUGAAGCACUUUACAGCCAAUCGCAAUUCUUCUCAAGUCUUGUCAUUGCUGCAAUAUAGGAAACUCGGCAGCUAAUUUGUGCACAACAAGAUCCCACAAAUGAAAACGAGAUGAAUGACCAGAAUUCUCCUUUUUUUUUCCCGUUGAGGGAUAAAGGUUGUCUCAUGACGCUGAGACGAACUCCAACCACUCCAGCAAAAUAUUGCGGAUGCUGGAAAUCUGAAAUAAAAAAACAGAAAUUGCUGAUAACACUCGUCAGACGUAGACAUAGGAGUGGAAGGAGGCCAUUCAGCCCAUCGAGUUUGCUCUGCCAUUCAGUGAGAUCAUGGCUGAUCUGAUAAUCCUCAACUCCACUUUCCUGCCCUUUUCCCAGAACCACUAAUUCCCUCACUGUAUUAAAACAUGUGUCAAUCUCAACAGUAAAAAAAUUUUAAAUAUUGCACAGAAUCACUACCUUCUGAAAGAAGAAAUUCCUCCUCACCUCUGUCUUAAUUGAGCAACCCCUUAUUCUGUAAUGAUGGCCUCAGGUCCUAGGCUCUCCCAUGAGGGAAAACAACCUCUCCACAUCUAUCUUGUCAAGUCCCCUAAAAAUCUUGUACGCGUCAUUCAUCCAAUCUCCAAUGAGCACAGACCCAACCUACUCAACGUCUCCUCAUAUGACAGUCCAUCCCGACUGCUGACUGAACCUUCUCUGGAUGCCUCCUAUGGCAGAAUAUCUUUUCUUCGAUAAGGGAGCCAAAACUCUUCACAGUAUUCCAGCUGUGGUCCAACUAGUGCCUUGAACAGAUUUAGCAAAACCUCCCUAUUUUUAUACUCCGUGCCCUUUUCAAACUAAAGGCCAAAAUUCCAUUUGCCUUCGCCAUCACCCACUGAACUUGUACGCUAACUUCCUCUAAUUCAUGCAUGAAGACUCCUAAAUCCUUCUGUUCUGUAGCUUUCUGCAGUCUUUCUCCAUUCAAAUAAUAUUCAGCUCCUCUACUCUUCCUGCCAAAAGGUGUAACCACACUUUACCCCACAUUAUUUUUCAUCUGCCAAGUUUUUUCCCAUUCGCUUAACCUGUCUAUAUCCCUCAGCAGACACUGCAUGUCAUCCCCACCACUUGCCUUCCCACCUAUUUUUGUGUCAUCCACAAACUUGGCGAUAGUACAUUCACUUUCCUCAAGUUAAGUCAUUCAUAUAUUGCGACGAACAAGCGUGGCUAGGGAGACAAAAUGAAUGGUUCAGGUCAGUGAUCCUUCAGAAUAUUAGGAAGGCUAGAAAUGUAAAAGUAGGGUUUGAGAAAAUAGUGGGGGUGGCUGAGUGAGGGAUGCGGUAGAAGGAGCACUAAAGGGAAGAUCUGCUGUGGGGCAGCGGGGGGGAUCAGGAGAAUCAAUGGGUUCAAGGUGCAAAGGUCAAAUGGAAGGUUAAUGGGUAGAGUAAAGGACGGAAAAAUCCAGACAGGGGGCAUUAGGAAGCAGGGCAAAGGAAAAAGGAGAAUUUAAAACUGAAGUUUUUGUGAAAAAAAAACAAGUGUACAAAACAAAAUGGAGGCCGAUGUUCCAGUCUAAAAUCAAUGUCAAGAUCAGAUGGCUGCAGAGUUUUAAGUCUGAAGAGAAGAAGAAGGCCAUUCAGCCCCUUGAGCGUGAUCCUCAAUCUUAACACUACUUCCUCACUGUAUCUCUAUAUCCUUUGAUUCCCAGAGUGGCCAAAAAUCUGUCAACCUCUGUCUGGAAUAUACCAAUUGAACAUUCUGGGGUUCAGAAUUUCAAAGAUUCACGAGAAAUGAGAAUAGGACCAGUUCUUUCAAUCCCUCCAGCCUGUUCCACCAUUCAAGAUGGUCCUGCCUGAUCUGAUUGUAACCCCAAAUCUACAUUCCCAUCAAUUCCGUCAUAACUUUGCACCCCCAUGUUUAUCAAGAAUCUGUCUACUUUUCCUUUAAAAAAUGCAAGGACUCUGUUUCCACUUCUGAAAGACUCACGAUGAUGGAAGAGAAUUUUCUUGUCUUAUUACCUUCUAAAUGGGCAAUCUCUGAUUUUUAAACAGUGGCCCUUAGUUCUAGAUUCUCUAGGCAAACGAGAAGACCAACAGAUCUGAGAAGUGAGAGCAUUUAGAAUUCAGCAAAAGGACGACAAAAGGGAUUGGUUAAGAAAAGGAAAAUAGAGCACGAGAGUAAGCUUGUGGGGAACUUACAAACUGACUGUCAAAGUUUCUGUAGGUGUGUGAAAACAAAAAGAUGGGUAGAGACAAAUUAAGUCCCCUACAGUCAGAAACAGGGCAAUUUAUAAAAGCGACAAAGAAACAGCUGAUCAACUAAAUGCAUAAUUUGGUUCUCUGUUCACAAUAACAUACUAGAAAUGUUGGGGGACACAGGUUUUACUAAGAGACAAGAACCGAGGCAAAUCUGUAUUAGUAGAGAAAUGAUGUUUUGGAAAUUGAUGCGACUGAAGGCUGAUAAAUCUCUAGGGCCUGCCAAUCUCCAUCCCAGUGUACUUCAGGAAGUGGCCCUUGAAGUAGUGGACAGAUUAGUCAUCUCUCAAGAUUCUAUAAGAUCUUGACAUUCUUUAAGUUCCUACAGAUUGGAGAGAGUUGGAAGUCACACAAUACCAGGUUAUAGUCCAACAGGUUUAUUUGAAAUCACAAGCUUUCGAAGCACUGCUCCUCAAUUGUAUUUUCUUUUACUGCACUGGACAAAAUUUGAUUGAAGUAACAAUUUGCGUUAGAAUGACAUUUCUUUGUACGUUUACAAGCCUGAGGCAAGUUGACUUCUGACUUUGUCCAUCCCAGUCCAGCAACAGCACCCCCACAACAUACAGAUUGGAGGGUAGCUAAUGUAACCCCUCUAUAUUAAAAUGGAGGUAGAGAUACAACGGAGAAUUAUAGACCAGUCAGCCUUACAUUGGUAGUGGGAAAAUGCUAGAGUCCACGAUAAAAGAAUUAAUAGCUGAGCACUUAGAAAACAGUGGC